AUGUUAGUUGUGGUGUUCUCUCUGGAUAAAUUUAUGCAGUAUCUGCUUGGCUCAAAGGUUAUCAUUUACACAGAUCACGCUGCUUUAACGUACCUUUUUGCCAAGCAAGAAGCAAAGCCUAGGUUGAUUCGGUGGGUGUUGCUCAUGCAAGAGUUUGACUUGGAGAUCAGAGAUAAGAAAAGGACAGAGAAUGUGGUAGCAGACCACUUGUCUCGUUUAGAGGUUCCUGAGCCAGUGAUAGAAGGCGAGGUCAUCAAUGAAAGGUUUCCUGAUGAGGCACUUAUGCUCAUUAAGAACACGAUGAAUCCAUGGUAUGCUGACUUCGCUAACUAUCUUUCAGCUGAUAUUAUGCCUCCGGACAUGCGCAGUCACCAGCGCAAGAAGUUUCUCUCUGAUGUCAAACGCUAUCUAUGGGAUGAGUCAUAUCUAUUCAGAGUGUGUGCAGAUGAGAUGAUUCGUAGAUGUGUUGCUGAGGAAGAGAUGUUAGCUAUUAUGACUCAGUGCCAUUCUUCGGAUUAUGGGGGUCAUUAUGCGUCAGGCAGGACGGCAGCACGGGUACUAGAGAGUGGUUUCUACUGGCCUACUUUGUACAUGGAUGUGAGAGACUUUGUGCAGCACUGUGAUAGAUAUCAGCGGACAGGCAAUAUUUCGAGGCGCGAUGAGAUGCCUCUCUCUUCCAUUCAGGAAGUAGAGAUUUUUGACGUCUGGGGCAUCGACUUCAUGGGACCAUUCCCUAUGUCAUGUGCGGCUCUACCUACUAAUGAUGGAAAGGUGGUCAUAGCAUUCUUGAAGAAGUUGAUAAAUCGGUUUGGGGUACCAUGGGCAAUCAUCAGUGAUGGGGGUUCACAUUUCUGCAAUCGACAGUUUGCCGUACUGAUGAAGAAAUACAACGUCUACCAUAGAGUGGUAACCCCAUAUCACCCCCAGACGAGUGGACAAGUUGAGGUGUCCAAUAGAGAAUUGAAGCGCAUCCUUGAAAAGAUAGUGAAUAGCUCUCCAAAAGACUGGUCUCAGAAAUUGGGUGACGCACUAUGGGCAUAUCGAACGGCAUUCAAAACGCCAACCGGUAUGUCCCCUUACAGACUGGUCUACGGAAAGGCAUGUCACUUGCCUCUAGAGCUUGAGCAUCGCGCAUACUGGGCUAUUAAAGAGCUUAAUUUUGACUCAAGGCUCUCGAAGCAGAAGCGUCUCCUGCAACUCAACGAACUUGAUGAGUUUCGCUUGUCCGCGUAUGAGAAUGCAAAACUAUACAAGGAAAAGACCAAAAAAUGGCAUGAUGCUCAUAUUGUGCAUAAGACGUUUACAGAAGGCAGUCAUGUGCUACUGUAUAACUCUCGUUUGCUUCUAUUCCCUGGCAAGCUAAUGUCGAGAUGGAGCGGGCCCUUCAAGGUGCGACAUGCAGCUGAACAUGGCGCAAUUGAGCUUGAAAACGCAAAUGGCGAGACUUUUAAAGUCAAUGGCCAGCGGUGCAAGCCGUACUUAGGUCCAUUGACGGACCAAGGAAGAGAGUGCUACACUCUCGAUGCUCCGAACUAA